UUUGUCUUUUGAGUUUUAAAGUCUUCUCAAUGGCUUAACGCUAAUCUUAUCCAAUUUAGUAUAAGUGCUAAACUUACAAUAGGGGCUGGGUUUCAAUAUUAAUGAUGGGUGAAGAAAGCCAGGCGACACAAACCCAAACCCAAAAUUCGCAGAUAGAAUGGAGUCAACCUACUACUCCAAGUUGCAUACCGACAAUAUGGGGUAGACUUUAUUCCACCAAACUUUCAUUGAAAGGCAAGCUUUGCUGGAAGGUUUCUAGCUACCCCGAAUACUAUGAUCUCAUACAGCCGGAGUUCAGCCUUGGAAGGGCUCUUUCGUGCACAUUUGUGAUGAAAAAAGAUAUAAUUAAAGAAGAUAUCAUAAAAAAUAUUAGCAAGCAGCAUUUUAUGAUAACAAGAGACAUGAUGGAGCCCCUUAGUCCUGCUAUCAUAACAGACCUAUCCUACAAUGGCACUUUUUUAAAUGGAGAUAAGAUUGGCAAAGGCAAUAGCAGAGUGCUUGACGACAAUGAUGAAAUAUCUGUGACCCAUCCAGCGGUAAAAAUUUUUAUUUUCAAAGACUUGUUGAAGGAACAAGAUAAAGUGCCUACAGAAAUUUCACAGAAAUAUUAUAUCUCAAGAAUACUAGGCCAAGGAGCUUGUGGGCUAGUCAAGUUAAUCUAUGACAAGACAAAAUGCACCAAGCAUGCUAUGAAAAUCAUUAAAAAAAGCAGAAUGACUAAUGGACAAGUUAAUAAUCUGAAUAAUCCAGAGAAAAUCCGAAAUGAAAUAAAUAUCAUGACUGCCUUGAGGCAUCCAUGUAUAAUCUCUACUGAAGCUGUGUAUGACUCGCGUGAGGCUGUGUACAUCAUCCUAGAGCUCAUGCAAGGAGGUGAACUGUUUGACAGGAUCACUAAACAUGGUCGGCUGACUGAGAAACUGACUCGCUUCCUGUUUAGGCAGAUGGUGCUGGCUGUCAAGUAUCUGCACUCUCAGGGCAUCACUCACAGAGACCUUAAACCUGAGAAUGUGCUGUUGGAGAGUAAAGAUGAUGAGACACUGGUGAAAAUCAGUGACUUUGGCCUGAGCAAGUUUGUUGGCGAAGACAGCUUCAUGAAAACCAUGUGUGGGACACCACUAUAUUUGGCUCCGGAAGUAUUAAAGGCGAAUGGAAGAGGAUAUGGACCUGAAGUUGAUGUUUGGAGUCUGGGAGUAAUUUUCUUUGUUUGCUUGGCAGGCUACUUGCCGUUUUCAGCAGACUAUUCUGACAUGUCUCUCCGAGACCAGAUAGUGACUGGCCGAUUCCGCUUUUCGCCGUCCCAUUGGGAAGGCAUCAGUCCCCGGGCCAGACAACUUAUGAAGAAAAUGUUGACGGUGCCAGUUGAAAGGAGGAUAACGCUUGACCAAAUUCUGAGGCAUAGCUGGAUGCAGGAUGUUGAAGUUAUAAACCGAGUCGACAGGCUACUGAUCCAAUCUGUCCAAGUGCGACAAUUCAGCCAGCUCUCAGUCUCCUCAAUGAACUCUGAUGAAGAGAACAACAGUAAUGCAGACAAUGUAACUGUGAUAAGACUAGUGGCUAAAGGAAAGCGUGGUCUAAGCGACAGUUUCAGUAGCUCAUGUGAACCUAUCCCUAAGAAACUGAGGAUAGAGAUAUCGUCCAUGGAUGAGGAUACAAGCUCAGCUUAUAGCUUGAGCAGCCCAUGAACGAAAUGUCUGAUAGCAUGUAAGUUUACCUUUACGCUGUAGGGCCGGGGUCGGCAACCUUUUUAGCGCAAGAAACCACUUUAACAGAAAGAUUCGCAAACGUUGUUUAGAUAUUUGAACUCCCAAAUGUUGCUACAGAUUGCCGACCUCUGCUCUUAAGUUACCAGACCGCUAAAGUAUAACGUAAUUAAUGUGAUAUGAUGCGUCUACCUCUUUGAUUAUUAUUGUAUAAUUGUUUGAAAAUGUUUUAAAUUUCUUGUGUUGAAUUGGGGCCUUGGUUGGUGACGUCAGCUCAAGUUGCAAAAGCACAGAUUUAAGUACAUCUAGAAGUUAGACGUUAGAAAUAUACUUGCACUAUAGGUGCAUGCUAUUGCUGCCAACUAUGUUUAAGCAAUUGCAAUUACUUGAAGCUCCCUCAAAUGUUUUUUUUUAUAAUUGUUGAUAUGAUUGAUUCUUAUCCAAUUGAUGUGCUAAUUAUUGAUUUGUGUGCUUUGUAUAUCAAUAACAAGCAACAUUGUUAUUGUUGUCUAUAUGUUUUAAUUGUUGAUGUUUGACUUAUGUAAGUGUUUAUCUAUAAAAUGUUCAAUGUGAUGGAUGUCUCAAAUGAUAUCCUUAUUUUAUUUUUUUCAUUAGGGUGGUAUUCCAAUUGUCCUAAUUCUUUGUCCUAUGUGUAUUGUCUCUUAUUUUUUAAACAAAAUAUGACAUUAGAAUACAAAUUGGACUAGUGGAAUACGGCCCUUAAUCCCACCUAUUUCCACUAUUUUAUUUUAAAAUCUUAGCAAGAGUUGGGAUUUUUUUCUUGAUGAUAAGAGAUGACUCAUUUCGGGUCUACCCGAAAACAUGUACCUCGUGCAUCUCAUUGUACUUAGUAUUAUGUGAAUAAUAAUUAUAAUUCGAUUUUAAUAUGUGAAUGACGGCGAAGCAAUUCCGCCUUUAAACCACCGACAUUGUGCCAUUUUAUUAUCAUGUUACACGUUGAAAUUAGUGGGUGCCAUAAAAUGUGGUGACUAAUAAAAACGGGGCUAAUUUGACCAUUAGUCGCAGUUUUGUUUUUAGUUAAGUUGAUUUAUUUUGCAAAGUUAUAUAAUUAGGCAAAGGUAACAAUUUUAACUGUAGUAUUAUUCCCCGUGACGGAUAGUUAUUACUUAUUACAGGUACCUUAUUAGUCACCUCAUAUUAUGCUGAUUCUGCUUUAUCCAAUAAAAAUGCGAUUAUAAAAAA